UUCUUCUUUGUGCUGCAUUUGCCUCCAGUGGAAAUAAACCUAAAGGUGGAGGAUCUCCACGAGUGCCCGGUGUGUGUUGCCCUCUCUCGGCUCUGCUCCUCUGCAGCAGACGGAGCUGGAUGUGCGGACACUUGCUGCUGCUGCGCUUCUCUUAAUGAUCCGGAGGAGCAGGAGACGUGAGGAGAAGGAGAAUCACUGGGAGGCACAUGGCUCGAUGACAUGAUGUCCCUGCCCUUCUCCCCUCCCCCUUCCACCUCUCUCUUCCCUGUUUUCCUCCUCCUCCUCCUUUUCCUUCCUCCUUCCCCCGUCUCCUCCUCCCUCUCCCACACCCCGCUGAGCUGGACUUCGCCUCACGACCCCUGCUACCACCUAGACGGACGCCCCCGCCACUGCCUCUCGGAGUUCAUCAACGCCGCCUAUGGCGUGCCGGCGAAUGCGAGCCACUCGCUUCAAAGCUCCGAUCAUGACAGCAACAUCACCACCCUGACGGACCUCCACAACCCGCACAACCUCACCUGCUGGACGGCUCCCGGAGGCUCUGACGCCGGAGAAUGGGUCAUAACGCUACCUCUGGGCCGCCGCUUUGAGAUCACGUACAUAAGUUUGCAGUUUUGCCAACAAGGGGAGCCGUCGGACCCGAUUUCGAUCUCCAUCUUAAAGUCGAUGGACUUUGGGCGCACCUGGAGGCCGAUGCAGCACUACUCCAGCGACUGCUUGGGGAAUUUUGGGUCCUUCCCAAACGGUCGCUCAGACACGACACAAGAGACGGAGCCGCUCUGCUCAGACCCUCGCCCCCUGCAGAAGCAGAGGGGCGGCAUGGUGUUGGCGUUCUCCACCCUGGACGGGCGGCCAUCCUCGCCCGAUUUCGACUACAGCCACACCCUCCAGGACUGGGUAACCGCCACGGACAUCCGUGUUGUCUUCCACCAGGUGUCCAAAGAUGCCAAGGUGGAUAAAAAAGAGGAAGUGCGAUGGCGUGAUGCUGCAGAAGACGACAGAGGGCUUCUGAGGUGGAGAUCGGGCUCCAAGGGGCGCUCUGGCGGUCAGGUCGAAAAGCUAAACGCAGAUAACACGCUGGCAUUUUUUGAGAGGGAGGUAAAAAAUUCGGAGAUAAGAGGGAGGAACAAACACGGAAGGAAGGGCCACUAUAAAGGUCAAAACGAAGAUGGACACAAUGUGACCAGCAAGGAAGGCGGGGACACUUUUAGCAUGCUCGCUUCCUCGAGGAAAGGCGGGAAAGCCAGAGGGCGUGGCCGCAAAAAGGAAAACAGUAAUUGGCUGCCUUGCCCGAAUGGGGGUUGUAAUUGGACGGUUGAGGGGCGGAGCAGGAACAACAAGGGGCGGGAGCUGAGGAAGAGGAGGAACAAUUAUCUGAACACGAAACAGAGCUUCAGGAAUCUGCAGGCGGCCCCGCCCUCCGCUAUCCGAGCUCCUCUGGCGCUCUCCGACCUGCAAGUUGGCGGCAGGUGUAAAUGUAAUGGACACGCUUCCAAGUGUCGCCGUGACGACUCAGGCCAGGCAGUGUGCGUGUGUGAGCAUCACACGGCGGGGCCGGACUGUGACGUGUGCGAGGAUUUCUACUGCGACAGGCCGUGGCAUCGAGCUACACCCACGCACCCGAACCCCUGCGUUGCCUGUGAGUGUAACGGCCACUCAAACAAGUGUCGUUUCAGCAUGGAGGUGUUUCAGCAGUCGGGCCGGCGCAGCGGCGGCGUGUGUCAGAAGUGUCGCCACCACACGGCCGGACGCCACUGCCAGUACUGCCAGAACGGAUACACACGCAACCACAGCAAGCCCAUAAACCACCGCAAGGCCUGCCAACCAUGUCAGUGUCAUCCUUUGGGGGCAGUGGGUCGCUGGUGUAACCAGACAUCGGGUCAGUGUCUGUGUCGAGAAGGGGUGACCGGCCUCAGGUGCAACCGCUGUGCCCCGGGAUACAAACAGGGCAAGUCCCCUCUGAGGCCCUGCAUACGAAUUCAAGAGGUCGCUCCGACCCCGGUGUACCAGCCUCAGUACAGCAUCGCGGAGGAGUGUGUUUCGUACUGCCAGCCCUCUCAGGUUAAAGUCAGGAUGAACUUGGAGACGUAUUGUCUCAAGGACUUCGUGCUGAAGGUGCAGGUGAGAGGGAUGGAGCGUUCAGGUCCCUGGUGGCAGUUCUCCAUCUCAGUCCAAACCGUCUUCCGCACGGGGUCCACCUCCCGCGUCCGCAGGGGCCCGCAGUCGCUCUGGGUCCCGGACCGCGACCUCAGCUGCGGCUGCCCCGCCCUCCACGUGGGCCGGACCUACCUCCUGAUCGGCGCGGAGGAGGGGGAGCGGGGCUGGGGCCCUGAGGAGAGUCGGCUGGUGGCGGACCGCUCCACUCUGGCCCUCCAGUGGCGGGAACACUGGAGCCCCAAACUGAGGGGCUUCCGGGGGCAGGACAAGAGGGGCCGCUGCCCAAAAAAGUCCCCCAAUGGACACCACCGUCACAGGGAGCAAACACAGUCCGGGUACAUCCCCCCUCACCUGCUGACUGAGACACACAGCGAGGACACACAAACCUCCACGGUGCCGCACACACACACCGAGGUUACGCCCACAGAGGCGAGCACCUCGCCGACGACGCCGGCUCUGGUGUGCUCGAGUCCAGGUCCUGGAUAACAAACAGAAACCACACGGAGACACAAAAAUAAGGAUUUUUUUUCUUUUUAUCAUCCACACCUCAGAGCUACAAGAAAAGGCAAAAACUCUUUAUCUCAGACUUUGUAAAACUGAUUUUUCUGAACGUUUCAGGAGAAACAGACGCGACUUUGCUUCCUCAGCGCGGAGAAACUGCACAACACACAAACAAAAAUAUAUGGAAGCCCAUGUUCACCAGUGUUACGAAAUAAAAAAAGAUCCUGUAAGUCAACAUAAUGACUUCGUAUUUCAAAAUGAGCUAAAUGAGAACCGAUACUAAGUCAUUAUUUUGAGAAAGUUUUUCACUGUUUUCAGAAAAUAACUCAUAAUACUGGGAAUUUUUUUGAGAUGCUAGGUUAUAAUUUGGAAAAGGUUUCUCAUUAUUUUGCAAAAAUAGCAAAAAAGUUGUUCAUAAUUUGAAGACACCAAGCAAGUAUUUGGAGAAACUUUCUUGUUGUGAGAAAACUUCUCAUUAUUUUGA